CGGUGUUUCCGGGUCGGGCUGGGCGGAAGCGCUGUUCCUGUUUCAGGGAGGGGUUCGGGCACAGCCGGGCUUCCAAGAGAUUUUUGGGUGGCUGUCGAUACCUGGAGAUCCCGAGCACCGUGUAAGCUGUCAGCAUGUGCUCCAGAGAGGACGAGUAUGACUAUUUAUUCAAAGGUAAUGGCGGGCAGAGUGAUGGAUGGAUGGAGGGCCGGGUGUACUGACAGGCCGGCUCACAGCAGGGGGUGAUAUCUGUAUGGGUAACUCUGGAAACGGCACCGGGCCCCGUGCUGGCUGUGAUUAUACUGGGCCGGUCCUGGACAGGUACUGUACUGACAGACUGGGGGGAGGGGGGACCCCAGGAGGAUGGGGUAACUCUGGAAAGGGGCCACUGGGGGUAUAGGUAUUGGUGUAGGCACUGUAGGCUGUUGGGGUACUCAUGUUAGGGGUAACUGGGGUUGUAGGUGUUGGUGUAGGCACUGUAGGGUAUUGGGGUAACUAGGUUAUAAGUGUUGGGGUAAUCAUGUGAGGGGUAACAGGGCUAUAGGUAUUGGGGUAGACACUGCGGGAUGUUGGAAUCAUUUUGUAAGGAAUCUACUUGAUAAAGCAAUAUUAUGAAUAUACAUUGUAGUAUGAUUUUGGGGUAACUGUUCUAGAAUAAUGUUGGGGUUACUGUUUCCUAGUAAUAGAGAAGGAGAACUAUAUCCAGUGUGAGUCAGGGGUGGUGGAAAUAAGAAAAGUGGUGACGUAGUUUCAGUAAGAUUUGUAAAAAGUUGACAGGGAAUGGUAUAGUAAUAUUUCAGAAUAAGUGUAGUGAUAUUAUGGAGGGUGCAGAAUGGUUUAAGGAUAACAUUCUGGUAGAAGUUCGAAAUGGUACAGUUAUGUAUGGUAAAUUAGGCCAUAACUCAUUGUGUCAUGUUAUCUGUGUAUAUAUGAUUAAAUACAUUCAAAGCCUACUUUUAAUGUCCCCAAGGCCUUUAGUGUCUUUUUAGGAGAACUAUUGAGAGGGUUUUUGUGUCCUCCAUUCUGUAUUUUAAUUCAUAUCACAUUCAUUUUGCUUUAGACUUACAACAUUUUAAAGAAAGUGUGAAUUAUCAGCUGUUCAAAAUUAAUAAAAAUUUUAUGACAAUAUAGCUGACUUAUUAUUUUUUUUUUUUUCUAAUUUGGCUGAUGUUUGCCUAAAAGUUCAUUUGAACUCUUUGAAUUCCCAAGUAUUUCCAUAAAUUUUAAUUCGUUUUAAUCCCACAUUGGCCCAGUCAAUCCAUGAAACAGUUUUGUUGUUGCUUAAUGUGUGACUAAGUGCUAAUUGUGAUAACCAGGAUCUAUGUGGCAAUUUGACAUGAGAAGGAAGUGUUAUAGGCCUCACUGGCUUUUGGAAACUGUAAACCCUUUCAUUGCUGGAACCAAUGCAACCUUACUUCUUAAUUUAAGUAAAAUAUGGAUUAAACUUAAAAGCCUGUUUAAAAAAAAAAAAAAAAAAAAGCAAGUGAGACUUUCACCCUGCAAACUGUCUUGUUCAGGUCCAGUGGUUACCAUUACUUGACCUCUUGAAGUUAGGAAUGCGGUGUUGGGUGUGUUAGGAAAAGGCUGUACAGGAUUCCCAGCCUCCCCCUCCAGGCUUUGUUUGUACAAAAUACUCCCAAAUUCUGAGCCCCAGACCCAAAUCAAGAGCUCCUUUUACUCUCUAGUUUAAAUAUAUUUGGCUUGAGUGUUUCACAAUUUAACUGCCCAAGUAUUGAUAAUGGUAUAUAUUUCAGUUCCAGUUUUUACAGAACAUUAUUUAUUUUUGUUUCAGGUGUGUGUAAAUUGUUAGAAAAAAAAAUACUCUGCUCUACAUUAAUGUUUGUCUAUUUUAAUCUAUGAGCUAAACUGAACCCUGUUUAUCUAUGUAACUCUGAUCUUAAUCAACACUUAAGCACAGUUUCAUAUUAAAACGUAUUAAUUUAAAGAAAAAUAAUCUAUGCAAGUUAGCUUUAAGCAUUUCUUUAUAUUUUACAUUUUAUUCAUGCUCUAUAUCAAACCAGUGAUUCUUGUCCUUUUUACAAUGAUCCAAACUGUGUACCUGGCAUUAAAGUUGGUAAAAUUAAUUUGAAAUCCUAUGCUACACUUGUAAUAUGUAUGCUUAAUGUCUUCCUGGUAAAAUAUUUCAUAAAUAAGACUCUUACCAAUGUCACAUUGGUGCCCGUUUCACUGGAAAAGACCCUAGAUGCUGCAACUAUUUUUUGUAAGCAGUUGGGGCCUUACAUUUAUGAUUUCUGCUCUGACCAUUGCAAACACGUUAAUUGUAAGGCCACAUUUAAAAGAGCAUGUUUAAUAAGCAAUGACCGUUUGCUAUUUGGCAAGAGUAAUGCAAAAGUCUGAAAGUCACACUUCUUUUUCUUUAGUUGUGCUACUGAUCCAAGAUUGAGAAAGCCAUUUUUUUUUCUGAAAUGUUAAGGAGAAAUAUGUUGUACAGCUUAUUAAUUCUUUUAGUUCUUUAUUACAACUUUCCUUUUAGAAUGUGCAAUGAUUCAUUGAUGUACACUGGUAAUUUUGGGGAAUUCAUAUAAAUGUUAAAAAAAAAAAGAACCAAUGUAGACUAUUCUUUAUAAUCAUUUGUACAUCCGCACUUUCACGUUUAUGUUCUGAGGAAGGGUAGGGAUUUCUAUAGUAGUUGGGCUUUGGAACUGCUCAACUGAUUAAGCUUCUUGAUUACUUUCGAUCUAUAAUGCAAAUGAUGAUCGUUUUCGUCCGUACGCUGUGCUCGCCAAGUUGCUUGUAAAUAUAUACUUUUACUGUAAAAUGUUGUUUCUUGUUGCCCUUUAUCUCAGUAUAAACGUACGUGUGCCAUGCACGUUAGCCUUCUGCAUUGUUAGGAGGAGGUGGAUGCAGAGUUAGGAGAUUUACAUUAAUGCAAAUGUAUUAAUUGGGGGUGGGGGGGUUUAUUCACAUAACAUCCAAUUGUAUUGAAUUAAAACAUGGAAUUUACCAAUUUUAAUCUGUAUAUGGCCUAAUUGCAAACAGAUCUUCCACAUAACCUAUCUUAUCAACUUGAAGUGUUGGUUGUAAUUUUGGAAAGUAGAUUUUCUGUUCCAUUUUUCAUGCUUUUAUGCUAGCAAGACAUCAUAGCAUUGUAGGUCAGCAGCUAGGGCAGUCCCUGUUUUGGGGAAUAAACCUUUGGUUUCUCUUUACCUGAAAUAGAUCUUGUUAAUCAUGCUUUUGAGGGUGACACAAACAUUUCAAGUUUUAGUGGCUAUUAAAGAUAAUUUGUGCUUCCUGUACACAGGAUUUCCUCACUUUAUGGAAGAUUUCUUCCUUUUGUUGGCCUUAGUAAGUUUUUGACUGUACUCUGUCCCGCCCUGCACCUUUCAAGCUGUGGGUGUCAUUCCUUUGUGACUCAGGUGAAUCACACGACACACCCUCUGAGCUCAGCAGAGUCCCAUGAAUAGAGAGCAUUGCAUCACAUUCUUUUGCACUCAGCUGUGGCUGCCAGCACAGGUAUAAAGGAAGUAUUUGUUGUAUUGGGCUCCAUCAGUCUGGCAGCCCUUGAAAUAUAGUUGAGAGCUGUUUACUACUGCAGUUUGUCCUUGAGGACAGACGGCGCAAUCUUCACCUGACUGCAUACGUUGUUCUUAAAACUUCUUACCCAGCUGAUUGGUUCAUUAAAGCUUUAACGACACAUGACAUGUGGCAUGUCAUGAUUCCCUUUUAUUCCAGAAGUUUGGUCCUUAAGGGAUUAAAGGAAUACUCUUAACAUUAUAUGUAUUUUUACUGUUAGUGUGUUCCUGGUGGCAUUGAACUUUUUAAAUUAAAAUAAUAAAGGUAAACACUGCUAUCAUCCAGCAGCGUCCUAGUCUUCCUGCUGCGCAAGAUCAUCCAAUAUUUUUCACAGGGAAGCAUUAAAGGCCCUACUAUGCAUGUGCCCCUAGCACGGUGUUGCUCAAAUUGGAUUCUCAUAGAGAAGCAUUAUAAAGCUUCUUUUUGUGUAGAUUUAAUUAUUUUCAGUGUCCUCACGAUGUCAAACGUUAACGCAUUUAAAAAAGGCUUUCUAGGAGAAAGUGCCUCAAGUGGCUGACUGCUGCUAGAGGCCUACUGACUGAUAAAUGUAAACAUUGAUUUUUCUCUAAAAAGGCAAUGCUUACAUUUGUCAUACUGCAGAGACAUAUUAAGCUGUAGUGGCUUUGGUGCUUAGUGUCUCUUUUAAGAUCUGGAUUUUGGAAUGUAAUCUGCAUAUUUUUGAAGAAAUUCUACAUUAUGUUAUUUAUAUAGCGCCAGCAAAUCCCGUAGCGCUGUACAAUGGGUGCAUUAUGUGUGCUUUGCAAAUCUCUAGUUUAUUUCUGAGCAUCAAGCUUAUCAAAUGCCACACUCACUGGUCACAGACUGAACCUUGCCUAGUAAAACAGAACAGUGGGCAACAUAAUAUGUAACUCCUUAGGGCCACAGUGAUCAGCUCAGAUAACAACUCUCUAGAAUUACUUCAUCUGCUUGUCUCAACCUGUCUGACUUUCUAAUGCCUACCUAUUCAACCUUAUCUUGUAUUGUUUAUUUGUUUUUCUUUUGUAUUUCCUUUCCCUCUCUGCAGUUAUUGCCCCUUACACAGUUAAUCCCAGAGCAGCUUUGGUUUACAACCUUUAAUCGAUUUCCAGUUAAAUGAUUGGGGAUCACUGCUGUAGGCCAGAUUGGUCUCCUAGCUCCUGCUGUGUGUGUAUGUGCUGUGAAGUUUUUCAGUUUACUUUCUGGGGGUGGUUACUUUGGAAUGAUAAAACCAUGCCAAAUCUGUCCUAAAAUGCAAAUAAUAUGCUGAGCUGCAGAUUUUCUCAAAUUACCACUUGCAUGGUUCCAGGUGCCAGGAUACAUGCAUGCAGAAAGAAACUAGUUUCCUGAUGCAUGAGAAUAACGUUUUGUUCACAUUGUGCAAAUCUGCUUUAUAUUGGCUCCCAGGGCAUUAAAGUAAAGAAAAAUGAAAGCGAGGAUGUGCCUGUUUAUAUUGUCGGCUUGCUUUCACAAUAGGACAUUGCUGAAUUAAGAAUUGCAGCAGGAAAUGUUUCUUAGACUGUGUAAUUCCAUUCUCCCUUCUCAGUGGCGUAAUGCUGUUAUGUAGCAGCAUAAAGGGUUAAAUAGUUGUCUUGUGACCCUACACAAUUAAUCCACUGGUACACCUUCCCUUAUGGAAAAAAUUUGACUAUGCAAAAAAAAUAAAUAAAAUAAAAAAUAAUUUUUUAAAAUGACUAUCAUUAGGUGUCUUUUAUAAAUUAUAGGAACCGGCUUGUGUCAUAGACCAGACUAACAGGUACACUUGGGUGUAUAGCAUAAAAAUUGUGACAGUUCUUUGUUGUUCUGUUUAUUUACUAAAAAAUUGAAUUGUGAAUUGAAAACCAAAUGGCAAACUUUAGUAUAAAAUGGUUGAUUUAUAAAACUCUGCUAUAAUUUUGUAUUAAUUUUAUUUUGUUAAUUUUUGACAUUUGACUUUUUAAAAUUUUUUAUUUUUCUUUUUUUCAAUACGGUUCAGUGUUUAUUGAAACAAAACCUGUGGUUUUAGAAUUGAGGACAAAGGUUUGUUCCAUUUCUACCUUGUGUUUAUUUGCAUAUAAACACCCUCUCAGUAGAGCUUACAGAAUGAGUGUUCCCAAGUAGUCCUGCUGAACUGGUAAGGGGCCUUACCCAUCUCUUUAUUCUUCCCUGUGGGAUAGGCAUAAGGCUAUCCUAACUAUAAGAUAAGGCUAGGGACUAAUGAAAGUAUUUAGAAAAUUGGGCAGACUAGAUGGGCCGACUGGUUCUUAUCUGCCGUCACAUUCUAUGUUUCUAUAAAAGGGGGAAAAAAUUGAAUUUUGGGUUGUAUUGCCAAUUUUCCCUGCACUUCCUUUACCCAGGAGUGAUUAACUGUGGGUAACAGUCAUCCUCUAGAUUAGGGGUCCUUAAGUACCCCCUACCAUUUCAGGAUUUAGAGAUUACCCUGUUGUGUCUAAAGAUAUUUAUUUUCUAAAAAAACCUUAGACACAACUGGGUAAUCCCUGAAUCCUGGACUGUUAAGGUACUUGAGAACUGGGUUGGGAACCCAUGAUGAAGUUUGUAAGCAUGUUUGAGCAAGGUCAAACUCGUCUCAUUUAUUGUUAGAUUUCCCCAUUGAUAGUAUUGUAAAGCACUGAGGAAUAAGUUGGUGCUGUAAUAAUAAUUAUUGGAAGGGGGAUACAAUGGCAAGUAAGUGCUCAUAUUUUUGGCACUUUAUUCAGGCUUUAAAAAAAUAAAAAUUUAAAAUUGUCACCUUAUGCCUGGAAGAUUGGACAGCCACCAACCAGACUACCUCUUCAUUACUAUACCUCAUUCCACUAACCUUUGGCUUCCCUCUGUUGGUUAAUCAUGUGUCUCUUGAAGGGUUUUACCUGUAAAGAACCACAUUUAAUAAACUUUUCUAUAAAUCUAACUGAAAAAAGAUAGUGGGAAAUUGGGAAUAUAUAAUAUGCUAUAUUCAACUAUCAAGAACCUUUCCGUAGGAAGGGUGAAAACAAGGUAUUUUUUCAUAAACAAACCAACUGGAAAACAAAUACCCCCAUUCAGAGCCUAAAAACAGAUAAAUAUAAAAAUUCCAGGAUGGAUGAGAGGGGUUAAUAUAGAUCAAAACAAAAAAUAUAAACUCGAUAGAAUAAAAAUAACACUAAUAUGAGAGAUGGAAAAGUACAGAAAAAUAAAUGAAUUAAUGGCUAACUAAAACAGCAUUAAAGUGACAAUAUAAAUGUGAGCGAUCACAGUGGUUAUAGUCCUAUUGCAGAGUUCAUAAAAAGUAUAUUGGAUACAAAUAUCUAUAUAAAAAUAACUACAUAAAAUAUCCCAUAAUGUAGCAGAUAAUAAAGAAGUUACAAUAACAUGAAUUUAUUAGAUUAGAAGAGGCAGAGCGAUCCGGAGCUGCAUAGGAGACUUUGCCACACGUGGACAGUAUCAAUCAAAUAGUCCGACUGCAGUCUGUUCCAUGAAUCCAUCUAGAAAUUGUCUGUUUAUUCCUGUAGGCAGGUGUAUUAGUAUUUGACAUGCCUAAGGUGGGGGUGGGAGAUCUGGUUCGGCUGCCUGAACAAUUCAAUACAGCACCAAACCUCUAUUUAAAGAACACCUUUGGGAUGAGCUGGAACAGGAGGUUCUCCACAUGAACUCAUUGUCUAAAAUUUGCUGGCUCUGAGGUGAUACUCUUGAGUCUCGAUGCGCUAGAAUAUCUACAGCACUGUGCCACAUUUAUAUGGAAAAGAUCUCUCUCUUCUAGUGACAAAAAUGAAGAUCGGUCUAUCUGUUAAAGUUGUGUGUCAUGUGCAUACUCAUAAAAUAUCUAAAUCCUUUAUUAGUAAUCAUAUUAGUUCUUUAGAAUGUUUUUAUCAGCUAUUUCAGUUAACUAAAAGAUGAGUUGGCGUGCAGGAGUGGGGAGGACUAGAUGAGUUGGCGUGCAGGAGUGGGGAGGACUAGAUGAGUUGGCGUGCAGGAGUGGGGAGGACUAGAUGAGUUGGCGUGCAGGAGUGGGGAGGACUAGAUGAGUUGGCGUGCAGGAGUGGGGAGGACUAGAUGAGUUGGCGUGCAGGAGUGGGGAGGACUAGAUGAGUUGGCGUGCAGGAGUGGGGAGGACUAGAUCAGCCGGCGUGCAGGAGUGGGAGCCAGUUUAUUAGCCAGAGGGGGGUGGUGGGUAGAUGAGCUGGCUUGCAGAAGUGGGGGAGAUGAGCUGGUGUGUAGCUGGGAGCCAGUGUAGGAGCUGGGACAACCCACUUUUAUAUUGCCACCUCCACAGUUGCUUUCCUGCCUUGAGCUGCGCUCUGCAUGAGGGUGCCCACCGCAGGGAGUGGUGAUGUGAGGUCGUGCAACUUGGCAUCUCAUUAACUGGUGGCUGGUUGUAGACGAUGGCCUUCUGUGAUGGGAAGAGGCAAGUACCACAUGUUAUGGAUGGUGUGAGCACGGGUUAUCAUACAAUGAUGGAUGGAUUUGGCUGUGCAAACACUGCGGCCCUUUUUGCACCGCUGAAUAACCAUUAACAUUUUGGAUUGACCAUAUUGCAAUACAGAAGGGGUAACAGGAAUCAUACCUCAUCAAGUCCUCAAGAUGAAGACACAUGUGGUGCUAAUUAUGACAGUUUAUUUCAAAAUUGGUUCAUCUAUAUUCGUAUCUCAACAAAGUGGACACAGUCUUUCUAACAUGUAUUAUGAGUUUAAUAACGUUUAAAUGUGGUAUCUCCCCAAAGAGAGAUACUUAUGCAUGUAUAAUUAAUUGAAUGCAUUUUAAUUAGUAUUAAUAUUUACGAUUUAAUUUUUUUCAUUAGCUGUAUAAGUUUUAGUGCAGUGUAUGCAUAUAGAAUAUUAGCUCUGUGUGGAUUGUAUAGAUAUCUGUAUACAUGCAAUCUCUCCUCUAAUUGAUUUCCAUUACGUCUAUAUUUCUGGCUCAUGCUAUGUUCCUGUUUCCUGCAGUGGUGCUGAUUGGAGAUUCUGGUGUGGGGAAAAGUAACCUCCUAUCUCGAUUCACUCGAAACGAGUUUAACCUAGAGAGUAAAAGUACAAUUGGUGUAGAGUUUGCCACGAGAAGCAUCCAGGUGGAUGGAAAAACAGUCAAGGCUCAGAUCUGGGACACUGCUGGUCAGGAGAGAUACAGAGCCAUAACCUCAGCGUGAGUAUCAAGUGUCCAUAAAAGAACAGGGCACCGGUAACUAAUCGUUUUUAUUUUUUUUAAGGCUUGGAAUAAUAUAGAAGGUUUUUAAAAAAAUAAAAAUAAAGGGUGCGUUUGAUUUAAAGAUUUUUAAACUCAAAGACUUAUUUUUCCUAGUUGUUAUAAUAUUUGCAACCAGAUGAAGAUUUUAUAUUUAUAAUACUUUUUAAAUUGACAGUAUAUUCACCAAAACAACUUUAGCUUAAUGAAACAGUUUUGAUGUAUAGAUCAUGCCCUUAUAGUCUCUCUGCUCAGUUCUCUGCCAUGGAGUUAAAUCACUUUAUUUAUGCAGUUCUAGGCACACCUCCCUGCAUGUGACUUAAACAGCCUUCCUAAACACAUCCUGUACAUUAUCAUCUAAUGUUUAACUAAGAUUAGUUUUAAAGUUAUAUCAGAAGUGAUUUUGUUAUAUACUAUUUGCAAGGAUGGAUUAAGAGCCUGUUGGGCCUGGUGCCAACAAUUUUAAUGGACCCAACUACAGAAUCCUAUAGACAACCUCUGUCUGUCAUACCUCCCAAAUGUCUUGUAUCUGGUGGGUGUGGCCCGAUUAGAACCUCAUUGGAUGCAUUCAUAAAAAUAAACAUAUGCUGUGCUAAUCUCUCGCUUUCUUAGCCCAGUCUAUCUGUAUACAUGAGAAGUCCUGCAGCUCUCAUCCCCUCUCUCACUUAUCACAAGCUCUGAAUUUUGCCUCCUCCGCCCUCCACCCCUCUCUUUUCCUCUUUUUCUCUUAUCCUUCUUACAAGCGGGCAGAAACAUGGAUGUACUGAGUGUAGGAGAAAGGGGACAUACCACACUGUUGGAGAGACACAAGCAGCAAGAGCAUUAACAUAGUAUGAAAAUUUAUUUCAACGUAACUAAUUUAUAGUCAACUAGUCCACAACUGUUCUCCGACACCCCUCCUGCUGUAUGCAGUGCUGCUAAUUCCCUCUGCACAACAAUAUAGAAUAAAAUCAUUUGAAGCAUUUAUUUUAAUCAGUGUUUGUAUUCCAUGGACAUGGAGCUCCAGUACACCAUCUAUUAAGCUGUCUCUUUAAUAGGUUAAUCACUCAUGUUUGGAGAACAACUUAAAACAAUGGGAUUAAGGUUUUUUUUCUUAACUUUGUUUAUUUUAUAUUAUUUGCUCUGCAUGUUAUAACCUUGGUUUAUAUUGCAUACACCCAUAUUUGUUGUUACUGAGAACUAAGCUAAAUUUUUCAACAAAGAAAUGACUUGCAUACCUAACAACAUUAGGACUCCAUCCUUCAAAUUAAGAAAUGAGAUGCACAAAAUGCAAGCACACGACAUACACUAUAUGGACAAAGGUUUUGGGAGACUGGGCCAUUACACCAAAAAGGAAAAAAUAUCCCCACAAGACAGACGUUAGCAUGUAGUUGGGUCCCCCCUUUUGUUGCUAUAACAGCUUCUAUUCCUCUGGGAAGACUUUCAUCAAGAUUUUGGACUGUUUCUGUGGGAAAUUUUGCCCAUUCAUCCACAAAAGCAUUUACGAGUUCAUGCAUUUAUAUUGGAUGAGAAGGCCUGGCACGCAAUCUUCAUUCCAGUUCAUCCUAAAGGUGUUUGAUGGAGUUAAGGUCAGGGCUCUGUGCAGGCCAGUCAAGUUCUUCCACACCAAACUCAUCCAACCAUGUAUUUAUGGACCUUGGUUUGUGCAUUGGGGCACAGUCACGCUAGAAUAGAAAAGGGCCGCCCAAAAUGUCUUGGUAUGCUGAAGCAUUAAGAUGUUCCCUCACUGGAAGUAAAGGGCUUAGCCCAAGCCCUAAAACAGCUCAUACCAUUAUUCAUCCUCCAUCAAAUUUUACAGUUGGCACAAUGCAGUCAGACAGGUAACAUGCUCCUGGCAUCUGCCAAACCCUGGCUAACCAAUCAGUCUGCCAAACAGAGAAGCGUGAUUCUUCCCUCCACAGAACAUGUUUCCACAGUCCAGUGUGAGGCUUGCAUGCAGCUGCUCGGCCAUAGAAAUCCAUUCCAUGAAGCUCCUGCCACACAGUGUUUAUACUGAUAUUAAUGCCAUUAGAAGUUUGGAACUAUUCAACUAUGGAAAUAAUAGGCACUCAGCACUCCAUGACACUGCUUUGUGUGUUUAUGUGGUAUUCCACUUUGUGUCAGAGUUGCUGCUGUUCCUUCCACUUAACAAUAAUCCCACUUACAGUUGAUGGUAGAAUAUCUAGAAGGGAUGACCUUUCACGAACUGACUUAUUGUAAAGGUGGCAUCCUAUCGCAGUACCACACUUGAAUUUACUGAGCUCAAUGUUUUCACAAAUGUAUGUAGAUUCAGACUGUAUGGCCAGUUGCUUGAUUUUAUACACCUGUGUCAAUGGGUCUGCUUGAAACACCUGAAUUCAAGCAUUUUUAAACCUGACGUGUACUACUACUGUGCAAAAAAACUGUGUUCAGCUACUUCUGUUCACAAUAUCCACAAAGUAAGCCUUUGCUUCCAUCCUGUGCAAUGAAUGAGUCCUGACCGUUUGUUUUUACAGUUAAAAUUUGAGAGACUGAUUUGAUGGGCUUAUGGGCCAUUUUACCAGUGUUUUUUUUUAUUUUUUAUUUUUAUUCCAAAUUACCACACGAAGGCCUACCAUUUGUAGAAGUAGACACUCCAGGGUAUGUCAUAUGUUGUAUAUUGUGCCUUAAUGUUUUGCAAUUUUUCAUCAGUUUGUACAAAAAAAAGGAUUUUGUUUUUCUUCUCUGUUUUUACAUACACAUUACAUUUUAACCUUGCAUUUUUUGAAAAUCACAGUGAGAAGCGCCUCUAGCGGGUGUCAAUGAGACAGCCACUAGAGGCUGGAUUAACCCAUAGGUAAACAUAGCAGUUUCUCUUUUGACUGGUGAGGGUGAUCAACACACAUCGGUACCGCCCGCAGUGAAAUGUCCACGAUGGUGGACAUCACAUGUGCCCCUGCUUACCAUGGCGAGAAGAUCUCCAUUCUAAACCGCUUGGCUGAUCUAUUCACUGCCUUUUGGCAGAAACUGAGGGAUAAACAAUACGCACCUGCUCUACGAGUCGCUCUCACGCCACUCAAUCCAUCCCCACUAUGCAAUGGCCGACCAGCAGCUCCUGGAACUCCAGCAACAUGCCUUAGGUGGCAGAUUUCAUGCGACGGGCAUUGAAGGAGUCAUGCAAGCCAACUCUGAGGCAGAGUGUUUGUGUCAUAUGCAGCACUAUCAACAUGUGAUGAGUGGAGAUGGGGAAACUGACUGUUUGAUUUUAUGACACUGAGUCUGAAGAUCAGUACCAGCUUGGGGUACUGUGUUCUGCUUACGAUGGGCAUCGGCUGAUCCACAUGUAGGGUGCUUGGCUUAAUUUGCUGAUGCUGCCUAUGUCCUAUAUGCUUACUAAACGUCUGUAUGAUGCCUCGGGGGCUACCUGGGGUGGUACCUCUUGUAGCUAACCAGUCCUCCAUUGCUUUAGCUCAGCUUAGUUAUUUUUACCUGUUAUUCUGUCUAGCACAGUGUCUUUUCUUGUUAUUUUUUAAUUUAAAAAAAGAGAAAUUCCAAUCUCCUUCGUGAUAUGCUAUAUUUUACAUCAUGCCUUUAUUACUUUACUUCUAUCUGCAUAUGACAACCUGUCACAAGUGUUUAAACAUUAAAAUUUCCAUUGUGCUUCAAUAAAAAUUUUACAAAAAUAAAGUUUCCUUGGUGGUUGUGAGAUGCUGCCAUGAUAGAGGAUGAGCACCUCUUGUCUAAUUUUAACAUAAGCUCUCUUACCUUCAAUGCUGGUACGUGGAUGGAUUUAGGAAUGUUAGACAUUUGUUUGUUAAUGCUUUUGCAGCACAAAGAUGAGGCAUUGCUUGAUUUGGGGUAAAUCACUGGGACCUACCUUCAAUAGGGUGCUAUGAAUUCCAAACAAGUUUACAUUUAAUUAUUAUUUUUUGGCUUGUUUUCUCCUCUGAAUGGAUGGAGUGGGAGGUAUCAUUGUGAGUUGCUUUGUCCUAAGAAAAAGUUAUUUUGUGAACCCGUAGGCCUUUAUUGGGCCUUUCUGUUACAAUUGUCUUCCCAUAAUAAGGCGAUGAGGCGAUCAUAGAAUAGUGGGGUCUGAGUAGUUCUAUGUAAUACGCCAUUAUGCUGCAGAGCAUGUGGCAAUAUUUUGCCCCUUUUUGAAAUUACUUUGUUUUGUGAAGGAGACACACACUACCUGUCAUUUAUUUCAGUAAUACCAGCAGAAUAGGUCGUUUCCUGUAACUAUUUUAAAAUGAAUGGAAUGUGUUAAUAAGAAAUAUUGGUAUUUCCCAUUACCUCAUACUCUCUCUUGUGUAGCUAACUGAGCACCUUACCUCCAUGUUUAUGUUUUACUGACACUGGUUGCUGUCCCACAGGUAUUACCGAGGAGCUGUGGGUGCGCUGCUGGUCUAUGAUAUUGCCAAGCAUCUAACUUAUGAGAAUGUAGAAAGGUGGUUAAAGGAGCUCCGGGACCAUGCAGACAACAACAUCGUCAUCAUGCUGGUCGGCAAUAAGAGUGAUUUGCGCCACCUGAGAGCUGUGCCUACUGAUGAAGCACGAGCAUUUGCAGGUUUGUAUAACCUAUAGUGGUAUGGGGUUAAUACACUUUUCCUGCUAAAGCAGCUUGGGCGCAAACAUUUCAACAAUACUAUAGUGUUUAAGAAUUCAAAGUAUGUAUUGCUCAGUGGGAUUUUCAAUUUCCUUUUAAGGUUUGACUUUUCUUUGAAAAAGCCAAUUGGAUAUUUUUAUUACAUUUUAUCAUCUUUCUUAGUGAUUUUCUAGAUGGUUGUAUAUAAAAUCCGGGCCCCCUACGUAAACUCUUCAAGUGAACGUUUUCAAUUGUUGACAUUAAAUAUUAACACAACUUUGUAUCCUUUAUGGUAAUCAUCAUUUUUAAAGAAACACUUAAGGAGGAUUUAAAUCAACCCUUCCCCAUUUUUGAGACUGAAUCACAUGUUUUAAUCCCUGAUGUAAAGUUAAUCUCAUGCAGACCAAUGUGAGAAAAACUCUCUAAUAACAAACUAGCCUUUAAAGAUCCUACAUGAAAAUCAAAUAUCCCACUCAUUUACAGGCAACAAGUGCUGCAUUUGGGUUAUUUGUGUGUGUGAAAUAUGUGGAAGUUGGCUAUAGGUCAUAUACUGCUCGCCUUACUGAACUGAGAUAAUUUUCUAGAAAAGCUUACACCUAAAUAAAGACUUAAUACCUAUGAUACAUGCUUUUAUUUAUAUCUAUCUAUAUUACACAUACUACAAUAUUCUUUACAUUAUUGAAGAGACACCAAACUGCAUCUACUAUAUUGAGGAAAAUCUAAAUUUUAUAAUCUAUAGAUAGAGCUGCCCUACUCUUUGGGAGUUUUUCAUGCAAUAAUGAAAUACAGCGCCUUAUUUUUUUAUUUUAGUUUUUUAACCACCAUUUGUUUUUGUUUUUUUAAUAUGCAGAAAAGAAUGGAUUGUCGUUCAUUGAGACAUCCGCAUUGGACUCCACAAAUGUGGAAGCUGCAUUCCAGACAAUCCUUACAGGUAAGAUCACUAAGAGACCAGCGUUCUAUGCUCCAAUUUACUACGUCCCCAUGCUUUAGUACGGGUGUAGGCAUGUCUUGCAUUACAGAUGUUGCACUCUCCCAUGAUGCUCUCGCAAGCCUUUCUAGGACUACAAGUGAAAGUGAAUGUGUGCACAGACCAUGUUGAUGUCCUAUUAAUAGUGGCCUUUGGUGCAGAGAAAAAGGCUAAAUAUGAAGAACCUGUUUAACAGCUUCUUCACAUCUGGUAGUGAUUUGACCAGUUGAUCUAUUAAAGGUUUCACAAGGUUGUGAUUACAGUAAUAAACAAGCAAAUCUAAAAUAUUAUUAAGAAUAGAUGCGUUGGGUUGUUUCACACCGAAAUGGAGUCAUUUCAGAUGGCAAAAUUUGCAAUUACCUCUGUGCCUGGAAAACUGUUAACUUUGGCGUCCGUUCAAUGAAUAAUAAUCACAAGGUCACAAGAUAUAGAGUUAGGAAUGUACUCUGGUGUAAUAAGAUUACUCUGCACGUGCCAUGGGUUAAAGUUUGAUACUGGCUACUUUUAAUUUUUUUUUUAAUUUUUAUAAAUAGUAUUUGUUCUCAUUUGACCUUCAGGAUCCCUGAACAGAGCAGAAUGUUAGGCGCUCCUGUGGUUACAAUUAAAUUUGUCAUCACUAGUUCUAUAUACUCAUCUGGCAUCCAUUCAUUGAAAGACUUUGCUCAGAAGAAUUGUAUCCUGAGCAAAUAACAUUAAACAGAUCUCUCAAGCUUAGCUAGUGGUGCUGUCUUAGUCAUUAAUUUAACCUAAUCUGUGUUGGAGUCCAGUGAUUUAAAUCCACUUUUGUUUUCACUUUUUUCAGAGAUUUACCGCAUUGUGUCUCAGAAGCAGAUGUCAGACAGACGCGAGAAUGACAUGUCUCCCAGCAACAACGUUGUCCCCAUUCAUGUUCCACCCACCACUGAAAAUAAACCAAAGAUGCAAUGCUGUCAGAACAUAUAAUGGCUGCUGCCUGUGCUGUGCCAGGCUUGUAUACCUGUGACCAGAUCUAGAGAUACCAGGCUUUGUACCAUGGUCAAGCUCUAGAACCGCCCGGCUCUGUAUAUUCCCCAUGUCCUGCACUGGACUCUUUGGAAUUCUUGUUUUUUUGUUUUUUUUUUUGUUAAUAUAUAUUUUUUGAGUGUACGUGUGUAAGAACUUUAAUUUUACUAUUCCAUCUGGAUUUUUACAUGUCUUAAAUUCCUAUGAUUUGCAACUUCCUGUAUUAAAGAAAAAAUAUAUAAAAUUCUUCUCUCUCUCUCUCUCUCUCUCAGCCUCCCCUUCCCUACUCUUCACAUUUCUCUUCUUUAAAGACAGAAUGAUUCCAGGUUCUCCCCACUCCCCAUCCAUUCAGAGAAGUCUGUAUAAUAUAUGAAAUAAAAGCAUGUUGCCUGCUAUAGGCAUCCUUCCUGAUAGUUUGUGUAUUCAGUUUUUUGCAGUAAAGCACUGUUAUCUUCAGCUAAGCUGUCCUAGAAAAAUGUAAAGGACAGAUAUACAGAUUCAAAUCAAGUACUAUAUGUAAACCUUGUAAUAAAAGAGUUUGGAAAAAAGAAUUCUCUUUAGGUGCAGUAAAUAAUUGUACUGAAUUAUGUCGCUGCAUAAAUCAAACCUUGUGAGGGUUUUGGUGUGAGAUGUUUCAGGCCACAGGUUGUAAUAAUACAGGUAUGGACACAGGUAGACCUAGAGCUUAUAUGAAACUAUGGUUACUAUGAUGCUUUUCCACUGUUACUUAUCUAUAUUUAUUCGUAUUUACUAGUUGUCACUCUUGUCUGUGAGAUUCGAUUGGAAUGUAAGUUACACAUUUUUAUACAAAUAUGCAGAUUCCGUUGUAUUGCCUUCCUGAAUGGGACUUGGUUAAGUUCCCUCUGACAUUUCAUGAGAAACUAAAAUAGUGACUCCUGAAAUUAACUUUUUGUUACAAUUGGUUUCAUUCGGUGUGGAAAUAUAAAUGUAAUAUAUUUUUUUUUAAAUCGCUUUUUUUUUUUUUUGGGUUGUCAGUCACUUAUGGAAUACAUUCUUUUACUAAUGGUAUGUAGCAAGGAAUGAUCUUUGACCUCCCUUUGCUUGUUUUUAAGUAUUGUCUGCCUGACCAUUUAGAAGAGUUUAAUUGCUUCUGGAGCCCUUGAACCAAUCAUUCAAUUAAACUUGUCCUAACUUGGUGUAUA